UUAAAAUUAUAGAAGUUGUCUGCUAAGUUACAUGAAUUAGUAUGUAUUUUUAAGUUACUUUCUAUAUUAUUAAAUAUGGAAUUUUAAUAUGAUCAAAAGGAAAUUGACAAAACAGAUCUGUGCAAUCACUAGAUUAUUUAACAAUGGAGUUUGCUGAUUAUAUUAAAGCUCCUAAUACUGAAGGAGUAACAUUGCAUCGCCCAUUUCAUGAGCCAUUGGAGGGCACAUUAUGUAUUACUGGCCAUCAUUUCAUUUUAUCAUCAAGGUCUAAAAAUGAAGAAUUAUGGAUGCUGCAUCGAAUGGUUGAUUGUAUUGAAAAGAAGCUUAGUUUUUGCACUGGAAGUAUAAUUUUGAAAUGUAAAGAUUUUAGAAUUCUUCAACUAGACAUUCAAGGUAUAGAAGAAUGUAAUAAUGUUGCAAGUUCCAUUGAAUUCUUAAUGAAUUUAGAAAAUCCUAGAUUACUUUAUCCAUUCUUUCAUCGAGCCAUGUUUGACAUGUUGGAAGAUGGCUGGACAACUUUUUUGCCAGAGAAUGAGUAUGCUAAGGUUCUCCAAAAUAAGGAUGAAUGGAGAAUCAGCCAUGUUAAUAAAGAUUAUACUAUUUGUCCAACAUAUCCCCAGCUUGUUAUAGUACCAAAAUCCAUUGAUGAUGAUACUCUUAAAACUGUAGCAGGAUUUAGACAGUUUGGAAGAUUUCCAAUUUUAAGUUAUUAUCAUAAAGAGAAUAAGGCAGCUUUAUUGCGCAGCAGUCAACCAAUGGUGGGUGCUAAUAACAGACGUUGUAAAGAAGAUGAACGUUUAUUAAAUGUGGUUUUAGGAUCUGGAAAAAAAGGAUACAUCAUUGAUACAAGAUCACAAAAUAUAGCUCUUUUAGCUAGAACAAAAGGUGGUGGAUUUGAACCUGAUGUUCAUUAUCCUUUAUGGAAGCGAAUGCAUAAACCUAUUGACAGAUAUUUUAAUCUUUUGGAGUCUCUUACUAAACUGAUUGAAGCUUGCAAUGAUACUAACUGUAAUGCAGACAAAUGGUUAUCACGCUUAGAAUCAUCUGGAUGGCUGACAAAUGUAAAGGAUGUUUUGACAUGUGCUUGUUUGGUUGCUCAAUGUUUAGAUCAAGAAGGGUCAUCUGUAUUAGUUCAUGGUGCAGAAGGUACUGAUGCGACAUUAACAGUCUGUGCCUUAGCUCAAAUAAUUUUGAACCCUGAUUGCCGCACAGUGCAUGGUUUUGAAGCUCUUAUUGAAAGGGAAUUUAUACAAGCUGGUCAUCCAUUUACUACUCGCUGCCAGUGUGGAGCAUAUGCUUCUAUCAAUUCAAGAUCUAAAGAUCAGAGCCCCACAUUUUUAAUGUUUCUUGAUUGUGUUUAUCAGAUACAUCAACAGUUCCCUUGCUCAUUUGAAUUCAAUGAACAGUUUCUAGUCACUUUAUUUGAACAUGCCUAUGCAUCCCAAUUUGGAACAUUUUUGGGUAAUUGUGAUAAGGAUAGACAUGAUUGGAAACUAGCAAAAAAGACAGUUUCUCUAUGGUCUAUGUUAAAUCGAACCGAUGUGUUGCUGACUUAUUUGAAUCCAAUGUAUGAACCAAAUAGUCACGUUAUUUGGCCCACCGUUGCACCUCAAAGUAUUAUACUGUGGAGUGGUAUGUAUCUUAGAUGGGUUAUUGAUCAAAAGCCCUUUGCAGAAGCGUGGACUACGAUAGCUGAAAUUAGAGAUAAAGAAAAGGAAUUGCUAUCCAAAGCAAGUAAACUAAGAAGGACAUUGAUGGAAUUGCAGAGGGAAGCUGUAGAUGCUGGUGUUAUUAGUCCAACUAAUGUAGAUCUAUUGCCUCUAGAUGGUUGCUGAAUGAUGAUGUUCUUAACAGAAGAUAUAACUCAAUAACUGGUGCAAUUACUGUGAUGUAUACAGUAUACAUAAUAUUACUUAAAAAUUAUAGAGUGUUUCUGUUUAUAUAUGUAUUUAUUUCCUACAUUAUUCAUUUAAUUAUUGAUAUCAGAGUGCAAGUGUUAUUGAGAUUAGUAUCUCACAUAAUUAUAAAAGAAAAUUUCACAAAAAUAUUUAAUUCAUAUUUUUCAUGUCUAUGUUAAUUUUUAAUGUUUAUAUUUGUUUUUCUUUAAGCUUGAUUGCUACUGUAAGUUAUUUCUUAAAUAAGUUCUGGUUUUUUAUUUUUUUAAAUAUUUUUCGAUGAGCUUGUAUGUAUAAAUGAAUGUAUACCUAAAUCUGAAAUAUGCUAAUUAUUUUUGAUUAGACAUGUUUUGAAAUAUGUCUAAAUAUUUGUUUAAUAUAAAUGUAAUACUGAUUGGGAGUAUUUUAAGAAAUUUUUUACAAAUCUCCUAUACUUAAAAGGGAUUGAUGUCUCGAAAGUUUUUGCUAAUAUUUGUAAAAUAUUAGGUAUUAUUAUUUUUCCCAUCUGAUUUUAUGCAAACGACUCCAGUUUUUUAGUAAACAGAUUAGGACCUUUUUAAUAAAUUAUAUUAAAAAAUAGUAUAAAUAUUUUUUUUUCUUUUAAUGUGGCUUAUUUUUUUAAAGUACAAAUUUAAUUUAUUUUUUUUUAAUUAGGAAAUUUCUAAUGAUUUUUUUUAUUUGUGUUGGUAAAAAUACAUGUGUGAGAAUUUGUUAAUUUAUUUUUAUAUUGAGAGUGCUGAAAAGAUUGGGAUUUUCUUUGAACAUAUUUUUUUGUAAAAUAAUUCAUUAUUUAUAAAAUAUACUUCAUAUUAUUAAAAUUGAAAACACAUUCCAUGCAGGCUACUCUCUGAUAAGUCUUUCAUAAAAUAAGUAUUUUGUCAUUAUGUGAUGUAAAAUGCUAUAUAUGUCCACAAAAAAAGUGUGUCUGCUGUAUGUAUAAAUUGAUGUGUAUAAGUGCAAUAUACAACUUUAUAUAUGUGUGCUUAGCUAUUUGUAAAAUAUUUUUGAAAAAAAGAAACUUGCUCAUUAAUUAUAAAUGCAUUCAGCAAAUUAUUAACUAUGCAACAUUAAUGUUUUAUUUUAAAAUUGUAUUUUUUGCUGUCUAUUAAUUUUAUGUUACUUGAAUAAAGAAAAUGCAAUUUUAAUAGUUUUGAAUUUGAGUCUGUUAUUUAUGUUAUCUUACUGUAUAUGGCUUAUUGUUAGUUGUAAUUUUCUUUUAAUCCGAAAAAAGUUUUUAUUCAUUUAUUAAAACAAAACUAAUUUGAAGGUUUUGUUUCUAACAUCUUUUUGUGUGAACUUAUCUGAUAUUUCAUGUAUUAAAUUAAUUUCAAGGAAACUUUAAAAACUUAAGCAUGUGUGUGAUAUUUAUAUUUAUUUAAUUAAUUCAUGAAGG